AUGACCGACGAAAUGCAAUCAGUCUCGCCCUCGCCCAAAGAACCACAAUUCCACCUACAAGCUCCAACCCCCUCAUCACCAACAACGACCUCAGCACCAACAUCAACAUCAACACCAUCCAAACUUUCAAUCCGCACCCAGCACUGCCGCUUCUGCAACCAUCUCCUCCUCUCCACAACCCGCGACCUGGCCACCCUCCCACGCCGCAAAUCCCCCGCCGCAGACGCCGCCCUCAUCCUGCCCCUGGAGAAGUUGCGCUCUUUCUCCGACGAGGAUGAACCCGACACCAGCACUGCGUCUUCUUCGAAGACGCUAAAACACGUUACUCUCCUCUUGUCGACGACUAUUCCAGACCGGCGCGCAACGCUUAUUCGUCGGGAGGACGGAAUCGAAAAGAGGGUGUUAUUGCGGUGUGGACGGUGUCGGGUGGUUGUUGGGUAUUAUUUGGAUCGGGUUCAUUGGCCGGAGGGACAUGGGCAGGGACAGCGAGAUGGGGAUGGAGAUGGAGAGGAAAGGAGAGAAGAGGAGAGACCGCCGGCGAUGUAUGUGUUGCCGGGGGCGUUGGUGGAGACGGAGAAAAUGGGGAGUGAAGGCGUUGGAGAGAAGGAGUGGAGGAGCUGGGCGGGGGAGUCUCAAUAA